UACAAAAGAGAGAAAAGGAGGAUAAAGAGAAACUAGUCAUGGAGAAGGAGGAGAGAAAAAGACUAGAGAAGAAGCAAAGAGAAACUAGAAUGAAGAAGGACAUAGACAGAGUGCUGAGGGAGAUCCAGUUCAUGGAAGAAGAGGAGGAGAGAAGUGGUCCAUCCUUAGAGGAGGACAGUUGGACUCCUUACCUAAGUUUGUGCAGCAGACUGCAGCUGCUUCUCCUGAACUGUGAGAGAUAUUACUAUGUCAUGAAGAAGAACAAAUACCACAAGAGGGAGCAGACCCUGCAGAAAAAAAGUAUUAAGACUGGCUCCAGCUAUUCUGAACUCCUCUGGCUGCUAGAAGAAAGGAGGAGACUGAUGGUCUACAUAAAACAGACUGAACUGGAAAAGGAAGAGGUAAUCGAGAAAGUGUGGCAGAGGAUAGAACAGUGGAAGGUCAGCGUGAGCUCGGUGGAGGGAGAGAAAGAGAAGAGAAGAGGUCGGCGACUCUACAUCACCUGGAGACCGAUCCGUAUGAAUCAAAAUGGAUUGAAGGUUUCAGAGAUUAACAAUCCCAUACAGAUGAUGGAGCAGUCGAGAGCUGAAGCUGUGCCUCCAAAACCUCCUCCAACAUCUCCACCUGGAUCUGGGAGAACAUCCUGAUGAUCACAGCAGUGAUCAAAGAAAAAGCAACAGCAAAGCAUAAACAAAAAUAAAAAUAAACAUAAAUAUAAUCAUCUGA